UUAUAACUAAGUAUUUACCACAACUGAAAUAUCUAAUUUUUUUGGAAGUUAAAAUAUUUGUUUUCUUAAUGCUUCUUUCACUAUCGAUCAAAUUGUAAUAAAAUGAUUUGUUUUAAUAAUUUGUUUUUUUUUACUAUUAUCAGUUUAGAAACUAUAAUAUGAAAUCAUUGCUCUGACAUUACGACUAUCUAAGAUUCAUAACAUGAAAACAAACAAUUAAUAGUAAUUUUUGAUUAUCAGGUGAAACAAAACCCAAAAACAUCAAACAUUUUAACCGAACAAACCAAAUAAAUAUUGAUUUAAAAUGAUAGUUAUAUUUUAGGAGAUUAAAAACUAAAAAACAACUUAAAACUAAAUUGAUAUUCAGAUUAAACAGAUUAAUGUAUCUUUAUUAAAAAUAACGAAACUAAUAAUCACAUUCUGCGCAAGGCGCGGGUUAUUACCUAGUUUUAUUUGAAAACAGGAACAGUUUGUUACGGAGAAAGCAAUAAACAGUAUUACUUUCUGUUUAAGAAGUAUAUAAACAAACUAAAACCCUAACACUGAAAACAUAGGUAAAUUUUUUUUUUUUUCUUACCAAAACGAAUUUUUGGUUUGUUUGUUUUAACUUAAGUAACGAUACGUUGAAACUGAUACCAUUUGUCAUCCUAUUUCUUGUAUCAUUGCUAAAAUUCUUAAAAAGGAAAAAAUAACAGAGUUCCAUUAACUAACGAUUGAUUUCUCGUUGUAACUAACCAUUUAUUCAUCCUAUAAUUAGUGUAUAAAAAUUCAGAACAAAGUAUAUAUAACUCUCCAAAGAUCUCAAAUCAAAACCACACUUCCGUCUUUUCUUUCUCUUUUAGCUUUUUUUUUUCUUCACAUUUCCUUAUCAUAAGCAAUACAGCCAUGGCAAGGAUCUCUCUAUUGUUAUCUAUAGCCUUCACUCUCUCUCUUGGAUCAUUGUUCCUUUCCGUUUCCAGUCACACAUCUCCGGUACCAUUAUUUCCAAAAACUGUAUCCGAACUCCAAACCUCACCUUUUGCCAAAAUCACUGAGAUCUUAAACCAUAAAGAAAAGUUUUCCCCAAAAACCGCCAAAAUUAAGGCAAUGUUCACAAUGUGCAAAGGCUAUGUUGAGUACCUUGAGAGCCUCUACAAAUCUGAGAAUCCCAUCGUAGAUGUUUUAGGUACUGCUAAGACAAAAUAUGCCCUAACAACCAAAGCAAUUCUUGCGGUGCAAGCUAGUAUUAUCGGUAAAGUCGACAAGAAAACUUCCUUAAAGCUAAUGAAAAGCUGUGCUGGUUUUACAAAAGGGCUUCUUCAUGUUCAAAAGGCGAUCCUAAAGAUCUCAGCCAAACAUAAUUACAAGGCUGAUGCUAACAUCAACUUCCGCGAAUCGAAAAAGAUCGGUGAUGCUAUGCUAUAUUUCAGGAAUUCGAUCAAUGAUUUCAUGGAUGUAGUUAACGAUUUUGAGGAGAAGAAGAUGAAGAAAGUUGUUCAACAUGCAAGAGCACUUGAAGGAAGAGCAAUUUAUCACGGAAGAGAAUUAGCAGAAGAACAAGCAGAGAACAAAACCACUGAAAAAGUCAACGGUUCGGAUCAAAGUAAGUAUGACAAGUAUUCCCAGUUCUUUGGCUCUUUUUUCGAAGGUAAGCAACACGGAAGAGAGUUAACCGAAGCUCAGGCCGAUGGAAAAUUCAACAACUUGUAUGAGGAGUUUGCUAAAUAUAUGCCUUACCUCGGAGAUAAAGCUCACAAAAGAAAACUACUAGAAGCUCAGGGCAGUGGAGAAUUUAAAGGUUCAUUCGAAGAUUUCUUCAACUUCAUUGGUGGUGAAAAAGUUCAAAGGGAUUCCGCUGGGAAGAUGAAAGUCGCCGGAAAGAUGGAUUCAGGUAACUGAACCGGCACAUUAUAAACUAUUUGUUCGAAGGAGGCAUAAAUAUAUAUCAUCACAAGUCAUAUGAAGGAAGCACGGAGUUCAUCUAUAUUUUUAAUUUUUUGUACUUCUAUACUAACAACAUGAGAGAAGGAAAGUUGCCGUAAUAUAUUUAUCUAAUAUGAAAGAAAAUUAAAUUUGCAUCAAUAUUCUGAAUCAUACUAUUUUAUGAUCAAGUGAAAAUGUUAUGAUUUAGUGGUUGAAAAAUGUGAUUUGGCAAAGAUGACGUGUAUUGAUGACUCAAAUUUGACGUCAAAGCCUACUCGGCCUUAAGGACUUGCUUACAUGGCCUUAGGGCAACAUUAUUGGUGUCCUUAAUUUUUGGGUCCUUAGAUUAGUUUAAUCUUAUUUUGAUGUUAAGGACAAAAGUUAGAGACAAUCCAAAAUAAUAGGAUUAUUGGUAGGACUUUUUGGAGUAUCUUAGCAAAGUAAUAAGAUUAUUAUAAUUAGUAAUGACAUAUAAUCUUAUAUAUUAAAACAGAAGUCACAACCUUGAUUCAUGUGUGAUUUUUUUCAAAAAUGGACUUAAUGGACCUAUUCAUAAAAAUUCAUAUUACAUUUUAUUUCAGACUAAUAAUAAAUAGAAUUUUUAAAAUAUUUUAAUCAUAAUAUCUUUUGAUAUCUUUUCAUUUUAAAUAUAAAUAUAUUUAUUU